GGCAACCCCUGAAGCUCGCACGGCCGUGCACCCUGGCCGUGCGAGAGGGCUGAAGUUCGACUAAAUGACACGCUGCGUUUUGAGUUGCACGGCCAGAAUGGUGAUAUGCACGGCCGUGCACCCUGGCCGUGCGAGUCGGGAUUUCCUGGUUUUAAGCCAAAUUCCGAACCAAAGAAGAAGAGGAGCUGGGUUUUGGAUCCCAAACACCCAAGGGACGAACCCUAGAGAGAGAGGGCGAUUUGAGGGCAUUCUUGGAGUAGAGAAGGAGGAUUUCUUCGCCUUGGAAGCUCGAGGAACAAGCCCGGACUUGAAGACUGAUCAUCUGAAGAUUCUUACUGCAGUCUCUCUCUUCUCUAUGGAGUAACUUCCCUUCACUUAGGUUUUGAGGAACCCUAGCUAUGUUUGUUUGAUUGGAUGAUUGUAUGAGUACUCUGACUUGAUAAUCUUGAGUUCAUAUUCAAUCUAUGCAUGUUUUCAUGAUUCAAUUCUGCUUUAGUCGAGAUUAUUGAUUCUGCUUUGAUCCUAUGAGAGGGAAUACCUGAUUAGGUCAAUAGAGCACCAUAGAUUGAUAGUAGUGGAUCGAUUGCUUUAGUCGAGGGUUGAUUCACUGCUUUGUAUCGAUUGAGAACCCCUUUCGAUAGAGGGAGUCUAGUUCAGAACGCCUUGAUCAGUUGUUCUAGAGAAGGAUACGUCCCUCUAGGCAAUUGACUCAAGAGGGCCUUGUUCCUUUAGUCGAGACUCAAGGUCUAGUCAAGGAUUCUCCGCAUUGUGAAUGAAAGUGAAACAGGUUAGAGAUCAUCAAUCAUUAAUCUGGCUAGUGGCUAGGGGGAAUCAUACCUAAGUGAGUUCCCAACCUGUAAUUAGAUUAACUUUAACUGUAGUUUGCUAGGGUACUUUUAGUUCUUUCAUCUUAAUCUGGUUUGCUAAAUAAUAAACUGAAGUUGAGUAAUAGUAACUCUAGAGACCCGUGGAUUCGAUAUUUAUCACUUGAGCCACUAUACUGCAGUCCCUUUCAUUGGUUACACUUGGCCUUUGUUAGGAGUUGUGUUUUGGCGAGUCAGUGAUCAUCUCAAUCUUUGCGUGAUUUACCUCAAUCCAUUGCUUGGAGAUCUUGUGCUUGAGCUUACCCCUCAUGAACCAUGAAAUGACACUUCUCCCAUAUGAGUGCAAAGUUCGUCUCCUCGCACCUCUUCAUGACAAGUUCCAGGUUAUGGAGACAAUGAGUGAAGGAUUCUUCGUAAACCUAGAAUUCGUCCAUUAAGACUUCCAUGAUCUCUCCACCCAGUCGGUCGAGAUCGCCACCAUACACCGCUGGAAGGUCGCCGGUGCAUUACAUAACCCGAAUGGAAUCCUCCGGUCAAAAGUACCAAAUGGGCAAGUGAAUGUGGUCUUCGCCUGAUCCUCUGGCGCGAUGGGAAUCUGGAAGUUUCCAAACAUGCCAUCUAGGAAGCAGGAGAACUCAUGGCGUCGUUCAGGCAUCGAUAAUCGAUGCAGACUCUCCAGCCAGUCAUGGUCUGCAUCAGGAUCAGCUCGUUCUUCUUAUUAGGAACCACAGUCAUCCCGCCUUUCUUCGGGACCACCUAGGUGGGACAGACCCACUUGCUAUCAUAUAUAGCAAACAUGUUCCAUGCAUCCAUCAACUUCACAAUCUCUGCCUGGACCACUGCCUCCAAGUUAGGAGUCAAUCUCCUUUGCGGCUGCCUGACUGGCUUAACCUCAUCAGAAUUCUGUGGGAGCAGAAGGAUGGGCUAAUGCCUCUAAUGUCAGUUAUUUUGCAUGCCAUGGCCCGGGCAUACUUCUUCAACAAAGCCACUAGUUUGCUCUUCUGCUCGGACGUCAGGUCAGAGCUGAUAAUGACCGAGAGCUUAUUCCCUUCCCGGAGAAAUUCAUACUCCAAGUGAGAGGGGAGGGGCUUAAGCUUCAGCUCUGGUGGCUCCUCCAAGUAUGUGGCGAUCCGGAGAGAGAUAGAGAUUGGCUUGAACGGCAGCUCUCGCCCCUCUCUCGCGGUGCCCUUUAACUCCACGAGCUACUCCUUCAACUGCAGCUCCUACGAUGCCUAUUUCCCUAGAAAAAGGAAAUGAUCGAGAAAAUCAUUACUAUCCGCACUCGUGAUGGCGAGUGCGAUCUCAAAAUUGGAAACCACAUCGUAGUAAUCUAAAUCACCAUGGAGUUGGGGGUGUUCCAUGUUAUCAUACACAGAGAAGGUGAUUUGUUUACCUCCAACCCUCAAAAUCAGUUUACCAUCAUUAACAUCAAUAAGCGCCUUGGUGGUGGUGAGAAAAAGGUCUUCCCAUAACUAAAGACACCUCCACAUCCUCAUUAAUAUCAAGAAUAAAAAUUCAACAGGAUAGGAGAAUAUCCCUACUGUGACUAUCAAGUCCUCUGCAAUACCCUUAGGAUGCAUAAUAGAUCUAUCCGUUAACUGGAUGCUCAUCCUAGUGUUAAUGGGUUCACCUAGGCCUAGAUUCUUAAACAAUUUGUAUAGCAUGACAUUAACGUUAGCGCCUAAAUCCACCAAGGACUUUCUUGCAAGCAACCUAUCAUGCAAGAGAUAGUAAAACUCUAUGGGUAUUUUCGCUUCUCCAGUAGCAUGUUCUGCAGGAUGGUAGAACACUCCUCGUUGAGCAUCAAUGUGGAUAGCUCCCAAGCUUCCUCUUAUUGGUGAGAAGAUCCUUCAUGAACUUCGCAUACUUGGGCAUCUUCGACAAUGUCUCCACAAAGGGCAUACUGAUAUUCACCUGCUUCAGCAUUGCCAUGAACUUGGCAAACUCAAUCUACAGGGGGCCUUUGUGCAACUGAGUAGGGAAGUUAAAGGACAUACUCCUUCACCACUGGUUGUGGCUUAGGAGCAGGCACCUCAAUCUCCUUUUUCCUUUCUUUUUCAUCUGCUAGAAGUGCUUAAGCAGGUCUCUUCUCCUCCUAUAUGACCUGGACGGGUAUGUCAGCAGUCACCUUCCCGAAUCUAGUAGUAAUGGCCUUGCAUUGUUCGUUAGGGUCCUUCGGGUGAGGCGUGGUGUGACCAGGUAAGGUACCCGAAGCCCUCUGUGCUAUGGAUUAAGCCAUACUCCCCAGUUGGGACUGGAUAUCCUGCAGAACAACCUGAGUAUUCCUCUAACCAGCUUCAAGCGCCAUAAAUUUACUAGAAGACUUAUCCAUGAACUGCUCGAUAUUAUUGAAUUUGUGAGCACUAGAACUGGCAAGAGAACCCAUCAAAUCCCGCAUUUCAGCCAUCGAAUCCUGCGAUAAUGGGGAUGCAAGAUUUGCGCCCGACUGCUAAAAAGGCCUCGGUUGCGGCUGAGAAAGAGCUUGCCCUUGUCUGGACGGAUAAAGAGGUUGUUGUUGCUACUGGAAUUGCCCCUGUCUAGGCUGGUAUGACGGCCUCUAGAAGACUGGAGGGUCCUUGGAAGACUGGUGGCUUAGGAUUACUGCCACCCCAAGAGAAGUUAAAAUGAUGGUGCCACCCAUCGUUAUAGGUGUUGCUGUACGGAUUGAAGCGCCGAGCAUUUCCAAUGAAGUCCACCUGCUCUUCGGUGUAGUAGACUCCCUCAUUGGCUGCCAGUCUUCUACAGUGUGAUGGGAGCUCUCACAUCACUGCCAAUGCAUGACCUAUUGUUGCCCUAUAGCUAGAACCAUCCCAUUUCGAUCAAUUGAAGCGACCAGCUUAGUCACCACCUUCACCAGGUCUGACGACUCGGUAUCCAUGGCAUGAAAACCACGGCCCGGUGCUCGCUGAUUCCCCCCUUGUGCCCCCCCCCCAAUCAUAUCCCUGCUCUGUCAUUUCCUCAAAGAUCUGGUUCAACAAUAGUGGCGUAUUGGUCAGCAUAUUUCUGCCAUAAACUAAGUCGAUCAGUUGCUUAUCCUCAAGAAAGAGGGACCGAUAGAAGGUACCCAUUUUGAAAGCAUCAUUGAAACCAUGGUUGGGGCACUUCAGGAAGAGACCUGUAUAUCUCUCCCAAGCAUCACGGAUGGUCUCGUCCUCCUCCUGGGAGAAAUGGGUAAUCUCCUUCUGCAGGUCCGCUAUUUUAGAAGGAGGAUGAUAGCGGGUCAGGAACUUAUUGGCCAAGUCGGUGAAUGUAGUGAUGGACGUCGGGGGCCGGUUUUCCAACUACAACUUGGCCUGCCCCUCCAAGGUGAAUGGGAAGUAGCGCAGCUGGAUGGUGUCUUGAGGGACCCCAUUUAUCUUGAUCCCAUCAAUCAUCUCGUUGAAUCGCCUCAGAUGCGCGCGGGGGCACUCGCAUGUUCUCCCAUGGAACACCACCGAGCAUCUCAACCUAAUGAUAACCGAGGUUGUCACUCAAAGUUGUUGGCUGCAAAUUGAGGGUAUUGGAUGUUGGACCUCAUGUCCUCAGCCUUGGCGGUCCAGUAUUAUCUCAUAGUCUGCUCCUCGGGGACAACCGCCUCAGCAACAUUGUGUUCGCCCAUUUCUUCUUCACUCUUAGAUCCGUCAGCGACAACGAACUUAUCCAAGUCCUACUUCGUAGCCAGUCUCGUUGUGAGUGCUCGGAAUUGGCGACAAGUUCAUUCGAUUUCUAGGUCUAACAGAUGUAGAUCUCCCGACUAGCUACGGGUCAUGCACUACCUGCACACAGACUAAAGACACAACCUGUGAAGGCAAACAGGGGAAGGAAAACAAAUGCAGAAAAGUAAUGCUAAAGUAACAGACGUUUACCUUUCUACAAUAACCUAGAGGUCCCUGGCAACAGCGCCAAAACUUGACUCGCUACGACACAACACCAAACUGUGACCAAGUGUAAUCUCAGAAUGCAAAUGCAGUAUAGUGGGAUCAAGUAAUAAAAGUAAACAUGGGGC